CGCUCCGGGAGAGCCGGGGCCGCCAUGGCGGGGAGGGGGCCCGGAGACUCUACAAGAGGAUGCUCUCAAGAUAACACCUGCAGAGGAGAGAGAAACUACUCCUGCUCUUCCUCUUCUGACUUCUACUCCAGUCUUGCAUUGAAAGACUUUGACUUUCUAGGUGACAGUUCUGUAGCAGAGGAGGAUACGGACUCAGCUAUUUUAUAUGGAACUUUGCGAGGAAGCAUUGUUGGAUUACGAUACUACACAGGGAUUGUUAAUAACAAUGAAAUGGUUGCACUUCAGAGGGAGCCCAAUAAUCCUUAUGAUAAAAAUGCAGUGAAAGUAAAUAAUGUGAAUGGAGACCAGGUAGGCCAUAUCAAAAAAGAACUUGCGGCAGCAUUGGCAGGGAUUAUGGACAACAAACUAGCAGUAGUUGAAGGGAUUGUCCCUUAUGGAGCAAAAAAUUCCUUCACCAUGCCUGUGGAAUUGAGCUUUUGGGGAAGAGAAGAAAACAAGGAAGCAGUGCUAGAUCAGCUAAAAAGGCAUGGAUUUAAAUUGGCUCCUCCUCUGAAAGGUUCAGAAUAUGGUUUUGGAUCAAAGUGGAUUUCUGGGAGAGCUGGUCCAAGCUACAGCGCUCCGGUUCAUGCUGCUGUGCCAUUGACAACUGAACAGCUUAAAGGUGAAUUUGACAAAUUGUUUGAGGACCUAAAGGAAGACGAUAAAACUUGUGAAAUGGAAGCAGCAGAGGCUAUUGGUACACUUUUACUUCCCCAUCAGAAGCAGGCUUUAGGUUGGAUGGUUUCACGUGAAAACACUAAUGAUUUGCCACCAUUUUGGGAAGAGAGAAGUAACUUCUAUUACAAUACACUGACAAAUUAUGCAGAAAAGAAACGACCUCAAAAUAUUCUUGGAGGAAUACUGGCUGAUGAUAUGGGACUGGGUAAAACACUUACUACUAUUGCAUUGAUUCUCACAAAUUUUCAAGAUGGCAAGCCCCUUCCUGUUGAAAAGAUCACAAGUGAUAAGUUUUAUGAGGAAUCUGCUGCUAACAGCAUGAACAGCGUUGGACGUGGACUUUGUAAAGACUCUAGCAAUGUGAUGGAGCCUGGUGUUUCUAAUGUAAAAAAGUUCGGAACUACUCCAUUGAAAUACCCAAGUUGUCUUCCUAAAAGAGAUAAAGCCAAGAAACCCAGACAUUCAGGAAACAGUGACUUGGAAGAGUCUGAAGAAUGGCUACUGCAACAAACAGAAACAACUUCUUGUGUUAACCAAGAAGAUCCAGGUUUUACAUCUGUUCUUCUACCUUCAUCUGGUUGUUUAAAAAGACAAAGAAAGAGAAAAGGUACUGCUAGUGUUCAGUCAGUUGAGAAGAAAUAUUCUGAUGAUGGCCCCAGAGCAACACUGAUUGUGUGCCCACUGUCUGUCCUAAGCAACUGGAUUGACCAGUUUGAACAACAUAUCCACCGUGAUUUUGAUGUAAAGAUUUAUGUUUAUUAUGGUUCUGACCGUAGCAAAGACCCAUCGGUUCUUUCAGAACAAGACAUUGUAUUGACAACAUACAACAUUUUAGCUACUGACUAUGGGAUCAGAGGUGAUAGCCCUUUGCACAAAGUCAAGUGGCUGAGAAUUGUGUUGGAUGAGGGGCACACUAUACGAAACCCAAAUGCUCAGCAAACUAAAGCUGCCUUAAAUCUGGAGGGACGUAGAAGAUGGGUACUUACAGGCACUCCUAUUCAGAAUUCUGUAAAAGAUUUGUGGUCUCUUAUUUCCUUCUUAAAAGUGAAGCCUUUUACUGAUCGAGAGUGGUGGCACAGAACAAUUCAACGUCCAGUCACAAUGGGAGCUCCAGGAGGACUUGGGCGUUUACAGUCUCUGAUUAGGAGUAUUACCCUUAGAAGAUCUAAAACAAGUCGAGUUAAAGGAACACCCAUUUUGCAUUUACCAGAGCGUAAAGUACUUAUUCAGUAUGUUACGCUUACAGAAGAGGAGAGACAAAUCUACCAGUCUGUGAAGAAUGAGGGCAAAGCUACUAUUAGCAGAUUUUUCAGUGAAGGGAAUGUACUAGCUCAUUAUGCUGACGUCCUUGGUGUUCUGCUCAGAUUAAGACAGAUUUGUUGUCAUCCUCAUCUUUGUAUAAAUACCUCUGCUGGUUUUUCAAAUGAUAAUAGAACUCCCGAAGAACUGCAUGUGAGAUUAGUGAGUAAAAUGAAGUUGGUUCUGAGCUCUGGUUCAGAUGAAGAAUGUGCAGUUUGCUUGGAAUCAUUGACUCUUCCUGUGAUAACACACUGUGCACAUGUGUUUUGUAAACCAUGUAUUUUUGAAGUCCUCAGAAAUGAACAGCCAAAUGCCAAAUGCCCUCUCUGUAGGAAUGAACUUCAAGUAGAGCACUUGGUGGAAUGUCCCCUAGAAGAGGAAAUAGACUCCAGUAGUGGAAAGAAGCCUGAUCGGGAGUGGAUAUCCAGUUCAAAGAUAAAUGCUCUUAUGCAUGCUUUGAUAGAACUGCGGAGGGAUAAUCCAGCUGCUAAAUGUCUCGUUGUUUCUCAAUUCACAACUUUCCUGUCACUGAUAGAAAAUCCCUUGAAAGAAUCAGGGUUUGCCUUUACUCGUUUGGAUGGGUCAAUGGCACAGAAGAAAAGAGUGGAAGCAAUUCGGUGUUUCCAAAGCAACCAAGCAGGGUCUGCAACUAUAAUGCUUUUGUCUCUGAAAGCGGGUGGAGUUGGAUUAAAUCUGACAGCAGCUUCCCGAGUGUUUUUAAUGGAUCCCGCUUGGAAUCCUGCUGCAGAAGACCAGUGUUUUGACAGGUGUCACAGGCUGGGUCAGAAGCAUAAUGUUGUUAUUACUAAGUUCAUUGUGAAGGAUUCAGUGGAGGAAAAUAUUCUGAAAAUUCAGAACAAGAAGAGGGAACUUGCAGCAGGAGCCUUUGCUACCAAAAAGCCUUCAGCAAGUGAUGUGAAACAAAACAAAAUUAAUGAAAUUAAGGCUCUGAUUGAUUUAUAGCUUCAUCCUGUGGUAUUUUCAGUAAAUAAUAUAUUUAAUGGUUUAGAUAAUACUGUUCUUCAAGUUAUACGUUCCAUGCUAACUUUCAAUUUUGCUCUCUUUGUGCUCAAAAUAUAAAUGCUUCAAAUAAAUUAUAAAAACUAAUUUGCUCCUAAAUGUUAAUUUAGAAGCACACAAACUCCUGAAAUUAUUCCAGUGUUCAUUUCCUCAAAAGGUUCAUUUCUUCAAAAGGUUGCUUAUUACGUUCAAUGCUUAAGAAUACAUAGAAGUCCCUCAAAACGGAAAUGUGUAUUGAUACAUUCUAACUUGUAAGCAUUUCAUCUCUUUUUAGAGGUGAAAAAGUAUAAAAGGUACAUAGUAUGUGUUUUCUCCUUCAGACAAAACCCUUUAGAAAUGAAUUAGUUUUGUGUUUCUGUCUCAAUGUUGCCUGAUAAACAAACAGAUCAUCUGGAUUGUUUGUUUCAGAAUAGGUGGUCAGUGACACUUUGUAAGGAGUUUUUACUUUUGCAGGCUAUGUCGAAAGAUGGUAUUUAGUUAAAAAUUUUAAAAUAUUUUGUACUGUUUCUGAAUAAUAUACAGGUGCAGCAGGGAGUCCCUCUGUUGAUUACUUCACAGGACCUAGUAAAAAGGAAGUACUUCAGUUUGUAGAACACUUUCUUUUAAUAUUUUACUUCUCUUAGAAGAAUUCCAAUGAUUUUUAUAAAAGUGAAGGGUUUUUUGUUUGGAUAAAAUGCUAGAAUCACAGGCAUGUAUUGAUAACAUGCUAUCUGGUAAUUUCAGUAGAUACUUUGAACAGUAAGACUGUGCUAUAUUCAAAGUAGAUUAUAACCCACUCACAUGCCAGUGAAUCAGUACAAUAAAUUGUAUCAAUUUGUAUAAUUGUACAAUAAUUUAAACAAAUUAUUUUAAUAGCUGCCAGCUUUCUAACAGUUUUCUUGUACUGCUUUUGCACUUGUAGUGGAAAAACUAUGUGUUUUUCACUUCCAUACAUAUGUCUUUAUGGAAUACUGGUCUGCAUGCUGCGUGAUUUCUGGAGGAAGAAUUUGGUAAGCUACUCAUGUUCAGGUACCACAAACUAAUAAAUAGCACUGAAGAAUCUCA